UGAAUUCGAAAAAUUGCUUCUGGAUCGAUGAUCGGAAAAUAAUAAAUACGUUUACUGAUUAGGUUUUUGUUUAUUCAAUGGAGUAUUUGGAAAGAAAUAACAAUUUGUAUGUAAAUGUCAUCAACAUUAGCUCAAAACACAGACAAACAGACAUAGCACUGGUUCACUGUUUAUCUGUGUCUAAAAGCGUGCAGAUUUGUAAAGGAAUCGUAUUUGACAGGUAAGAACGACGAAUACAACCCAGUUUCAAAAGACCCUGGACUCGAAAGAUGAACUUGCAUUAGUUAGUCCGAAGAUCAACGCUGUCGAACAAGCGAUGUGCUCAAACGCAGGAUUUGAUCCGGUACAACGAGUAAGUAUUCAAUAGGUUAAAAAAAAAAAAGUUAAUUGUGCUAACUAUGUGAUCAUAACCAGAUGCAUGUGGCUUCAAGCGAUCAAGACGACGGAUACAUAAAGGCUAAAGUGGCAGGACUUAUUUGUACGUUCCUCAUUGAUUCAGGAGCGCUGGUGAACACUUUCACGGAAGUAAUGUUUCAACAGUUAAUGUCGAGCCCAGAAUUCUGCGCGGAAGUAUUCAACAUUCAGAACAGUAGUGACCGUCCGCUCAAAGCCUAUGCAACCGACAGGGGCAUCCAAGUCCUGGCCACGUUUGAAGCCUAUCUCUACAUUGCGGAAAACAGGCCAAUGCUACUUGAAAAAUUUUAUGUUGUCAGGGAGAACCAAGCACUCCUAAGCAGACCGACAGCAACCAGGUACAGCGUGUUGAUGCUUGGUCUGAAGGUACCAGUGUCGACAAAGGACAACCAUUGCAGAUCGAUUAUUAGUAAAGCAGACAUUGCAUCGGUGGAGCUAAAUCAAAUCUUCCCAAAAUUCAACCUGCCGCCUGUAAAGAUCUACUAUGACGAGACGAAGCCACCGUGUAGAAACGUAUUCUCGAACAUACCGCUUGCUGUGAAACCACUUGUUGAACAAAGGCUGAUGGGUUUGGUGUCAGCGAACAUCAUAGAGCCGGUGGUCGAUGGUAUGGAUACGGCUUUUUGCUCGUCGAUGUUGGUAGUCCCAAAAGGGAAAGACGGCAUUAGGCUAGUCAUCGAUCUCAGAGGACCCAACCGUUACAUUCACCGAACCCCCUUUGCAAUGCCUACAUUGGAGAAGAUCCUGGCGGAGUUGGAUGGCGCGCAAUGGUUCUCGACGAUUGAUUUAGCAAAUGCAUAUUUCCACAUGGAACUUGAUAAGGAUUCGCGGCAUCUUACCAAUUUCUUUACAGAAUUCGGUAUGUUUCGCUGUGUCAGGUUACCGUUUGGUCUAUGCAAUGCGCCUGAUGUUUUCCAAGAGGCUAUGCAGAGAAAAAUCUUGGCGGGCUGCAAAGGCUGCAAAAAUUACCUCGACGAUGUUCUCGUCUUCGGGUCGACGAAGGAGGAGCACGAUCAGAACCUUGCUGCAGUGCGUGCUUGCCUUGAAAACCAUAAUGUUAAGCUUAAUGAAGACAAGUGCACAUUUGGCAGCCAAUGUGUAACUUUUUUGGGUUUCAAGUUGACUCCAGAUGGGUGGCAGAUUGACGAAGAAAAAGUGGAGGCUAUCAAGAAUUUCAGGAGGCCUACAACGUGCGCGGAGGUUAAGAGCUUCCUUGGAUUAAUCACCUUCGUCGACAAGUUUAUCCCCCAUCGUGCCACCAAAUCGGAAUACCUUCGUUCAUUAGCUGCAUCCGAUGUCUUCUAUUGGACCGAGCAUGAAGAAAAAGAGUUCAUUUACUUCAGGGACGAAGCUCUGGGAACGAUCAAACGUUUGGGUUUUUUUAGCGCAAGUGAUCGCACCGAACUGUUUGUAGAUGCAUCUCCCGUAGGGCUGGGCGCUGUGCUCGUGCAGUUUAAUUCAGAAGAAGUACCCAGGAUAGUAGCAUGUGCGUCAAAAGUUCUAAGUCAAACGGAAACGCGAUACCCGCAAACACAAAAGGAAGCCUUGGCAGUCGUGUGGGCGGUGGAGAAAUUUUCCUUCUACCUGUUAGGAAGAUCCUUCGUUAUUCGUACAGACGCAGAGGCGAAUCAAUAUAUUUUUAACUCGAGCCAUCGAUUGGGGAAAAGAGCGGUAUCUCGGGCUGAAAACUGGGCACUGCGGCUUCAACCCUACGAUUUUUCGAUUGAAAGGGUCCCAGGAUGCCAGAACGUGGCAGACGCUCUUUCCAGGUUGAUUCCGGCAUCGCAAAAGGAUGAACCGUUUGACGAUUCCGAAGACAACCAUUACCUGUACGCUUUGGAUACUGGAUGUAUGCCGAUGACAUGGAAUGAGAUCGAAGUUGCAUCGGAAGACGACAGCGAGUUAGAGAAAGUACGAGAGGCGAUAACCAGUCAAUCCUGGCCGACUGAGCUGCGAGCAUUUGAGGCACAGAAGAAUAAUUUGCGGAAUUUGGGUGGACUAAUCUUCAAAGACGAUAAGACGGUACUCCCGGUUGUAUUGCGAAGAAAGGCGCUGGCUCUGGCUCACGAAGGCCAUGUAGGAGAAGUCGCUACCAAACGCAUAAUGCGACAGUACUUUUGGUGGCCCCGGAUGUCCUUGGAAGUAGGUCGAUUUGUCAAAAGUUGCGAAACGUGUAUCCAACUAUCGAAGCGGAAUCCUCCAUUACCGCUGACCAGCAGAGUGUUACCGGAGGGGCCUUGGGAGAUUCUGCAAGUUGAUUUUCUCUCGGUCCCCAACUUCGGUACGGGAGAAUUGUUGGUAGUAAUCGACACCUAUUCUCGUUACCUGUGCGUGGUGGAGAUGAAAGGGUUAGAUGCAGAUAGUACAAAUCAAGCAUUGUGUGAAGUCUUUCAGAUGUGGGGUUGUCCUUUGGUGAUUCAAAGCGACAACGGGCCGCCGUUUCAAAGUACGGCCUUCAAUCAAUUCUGGCGAGAAAAAGGCAUUGAGGUUAGAAAGGCAAUACCGCUGAGCCCGCAAUCUAACGGUUCGGUCGAGAGACAAAAUCAGAGUAUAAUAAAAGCACUAGCAGCAUCGAAACUUGAUCACAGGAACUGGCGGCUUGCUCUACGGGAAUACGUUCAUCGGCACAACACCAUUGUUCCCCAUUCGCGCCUGGGAGUUACGCCCUUUGAAAUGAUGGUGGGGUGGAAGUACCGCGGAACCUUCCCAAGUCUGUGGUUCAACGACAAGAAAAGCCAUCUUGAUCACGAAGAACUAGUAGAAAAGGACGCGGAGGCAAAGCUGGUAAGCAAGAAAUGCGCUGAUUUUUCCCGUGGCGCCAAGGAAUCCGACAUUGGGGUCGGAGACAUCGUCUUGCUGGCUCAACAAAAGAAAAGUAAAACGGAUCCAACAUUCAUGUCCGAAAGGUUCACAGUAAUCGCACGAGAAGGAGCAAAGGUAGUCGUGAUGAGCAAAUCUGGACUGCAAUACGGCCGUAAUAUCCAGGAAGUGAAAAAAGCACCCGAAACUGACUCAUCCGAAGAGGUACACAGCGGAACUCUGCCUGAAGACGCACAAGUCGAGGCUGGAACACAAUCGGCUGCUAACGAAGGUUAUGCUGAUCUUCCAGGAGAGGAGGUGGAGGUGGCUUUUAGCUCGCCAACUCAGGAACCAGGACCUUCCUGCUCGAAAAAUCUUCGUCAUAGAACGACCAUCAAACGUCCCAAGAGAUUUGACGAUCAGUACGUCUACCGCGUUUUCUUUUAAAUACCUGCAAUGAGAAAUAACGUGCAAAUUUCUUUUUUACUUUUAACGAGUUUGAAUUUAAAAAAAAAAAUUAAAUCAAAAUGAAUUGGCUUAGAAAACAACAGAAAAUAAACACUUAGAAUAAACUUCAAUACAACUCGUUCUGUUUUCUUACUUCA